CUUUGCAGCGAGUACCACUAGCGCCGCCCUGGUUUUUAUACAGGUAAUUAAUUAAAUCUGUUGUGAGUUUUUGGAUUGUGCUGAUCGUGCUCGUGCGUGUGGCGUGUUUUUUUAGGUUUUUUUAGUUUACCGGAGUUGUUCCAGAUUUUGGCCAAUUUAGUCCAUCUACCACCAUUCCGUCGUAGAAGACUGUGACAUCCGCACAAAGGGGGGCAUCGAAAAUCUCUUGCAAUCAAGUUUGUUUUGGUCGGUUUUGUUUUUGUCAGGUUGGUUACAGGCGUUCUUAUUGCAGAAAUAUUUCGGUUUCCCGGAUGGCUGAAUGUGCAACAUCCGGCCGGAUAGCAGGUGCGUCAUCUAACCAUUAUGAUUGACCACAUGUCCCAGCGCGAAGGUGCGGCUGGACGCGGCCCGUUGCCGGGUGUUCGAGAUCCAGCAGCUGGUGCAAAACUAAUCGGAAAUCUCAGCGGAAAAGGGCCGUGUCGCUAACCAUGUCGUUAACAUGAUAAUCUGAAGAUUCUGGCCACUCCGGUGACCAUGCGCUGCACGAUCAAGUGGUCAACUAGCUUUCCGGGGCCGUUGCUCGCUAGGAACUCCGAUCGAACAGCUGAUCUUAUCCGAUGGUUCUUUUGUAUUAGAUUUGUAACCCUUAACUACCCCAUUAGAAAUUAUUAUGCCUCAAUCGUGGUUUUUUGCUAAUCAUAAAAGCUUUUGCAUUUGAGAGCGCCAUCUCUUACCGAGUAGAGGAAGCAAUUGUGGUUCAUUUCUUUUCAUUUCGGCACUCACGAUCGAGAUCUCAUUACCCUGGCCGUGGCUAUCCGUAAAAUUGUUAAAAGAUGGGCAAAGCGUGUCUUAAACCAAAAUUUGGUGCAAUAGAAAAAUGGGAAAGAAACGGGAAAACCCGAUCGUAUCCACUCAAUGUGUGUGAUAAGGAUGCCCCUAUUGAUUGCCAUAUGAGAAAAGGAGAUGUAAUGACGAUUCUAUCACACGGAUGUCGUUCGUGUAGCAAGAAUUUGCUGUAGAAAUGUUCUACAUCGGGGAUUAGAAUAUUCAAGUGGAGACUGUUGGCCAGUUAAGUUCAGCGGAUGCAAGUCAGUGAAAGUGUGAUUAGUGGUGCGACUAGUGGUGCGAUUAAAGUCAAUCUAUACAUUUUUUGUAUUAGUUCGUGAGCCGCAACGUUACAUUAGGUUCGCAAGUGGUUAGCACGUGCUUUCUGCUGACCAAAGUCGAAAGCUUAGCCAAUUCCAAGCUUUUGAAGUCGCACACCGAUCAAUAAAAUCUAGUUCGCAAAAAAGAUCAGGCGAAAACCCACUGUUCAACGUGGGAGCGAGUCUGGAGCGGUUUCUGGAGCGGCGCGAGACCGAAUUCGCGGCUCGAAACAUCCGUUCGAGGUUAGGUUGAACCACCCUAACCACGUGACUGGGCGUCACUCAUUGGGAAAACCGACGCCACCCCGUAGUGAACGCAGGGAUCUCCACAAAAACAUCGCGCGAAGCAAGCACCCGACGCUCGCAAGCAACUGGAGCGCACCUCGUGGCGGUGCUACGAACUAACGCACUGCUCGACCGGAAGUGUGUCUCCGCUACGUCAAUCGCCAACCUCCAAAAUUGUGGUGAAAAACGUCGCCGCGGGAGUGUCCGUGCUGUUGGAUUACGCACGCGCGUGGUGAGUCCACCUGGUCGACCGACCGUACGCGUGAACGUGGGACUACGCGAAAACUGUCUACAAAGAACCUGUUCAUGCUUCCUGUCCUGCCGAUCCUGCCAGCCAGCUGAAUCGCGGUGGAACCGCCAAACAAGGUCAGAUCUGCACUUUUUAACCUGAUGUUAAACUGAGCUCGAAGAAAACCCCUGUAAGAAAGAAGAAACGUGACGUCACACAAGCAAAGCUUAGGGCCCAAAAUACACGGAAAUACAAGCAAAUUUGAGUCUUUUCACAUAUAAGCUGGCUUGUGUUUAAUGGAUUGAGCUGUGUCACGUUCUUUGCUUGGGUUGGGAGAAUUAGUUGAACUUUCUUGCGCCGGUAGAACUUUCGUUUAAUCCUUUUCUUUGCGGUAAAUCAAUACAAUAGUAGUUUAGUUUUGGGAAACGGAUAAGCCACUUGGAAGUGUCAUGUGAUCUCGGAUUUUUUGCCCUAUUAACCCGCCCUGUGAGAGAGCCUCAAGCCGGGACUCGAAACACGCUUCAGCAACCUCUUCUUGGAAGAGUGGCGCUUAAGUUGCUGCUAGUUUGCGCGCAAAAGAAUUCGUUACAUUUUGGCGCCCAACGUGGGGCCCGUAACAAUAGUAGCAAUAGUGUACUAUGUCUCAAAGUUGGGUUUAGUUUGGGAACUUUGAUAGAAGUUUGUUGGGUUUUCUGAACUAUUAUUGAGCAUAGUUUAUUUCAAGACAAUCAUAUUCCAUCAUUUCUUCUGCAAUAUACCAAAUACAAUUCAAAUAUUUUGUUCUACCUCCGUAAUAGACCUUAAUUUGAUUCGCAGUCACCCUAUUUCGGUUUGGUUACUAUUAAUUUAGAUUUCGUUUGAUUUUUUUUAAAAUAUAUUUUCGAUCAUUGUCAACGAGUUAUUUCAAAAGUGUUAGUUGGAAUCAAAACAAUGGAUCACGUUUACAUCAGUGACCCAUGCAGCCUCAAAGAGGAUGAAAUGGAGUAUGAAUUUUGCCUACGUGCCACACCUGUUCGUGGUGGAUUACGCGAGCGCCAGCAGAAUUUGCGCGCUUUGCUGCAAAAACCCGAGGAUCCGGUAGAAGUACAUUUUUCGACGUAUUCGCUAGCGGAGGACUUGGUUAAGAUCCCGAGACAGCUGAAGGAAAUGGAGCGUUGUCUGGAUGCUAAUCGUGAUGAUGAUUGCUACUCUCGACUGGUUCACUAUCACAAGCGACUUCGACGAUACUCGCCGGAAACGGAAGAACAUCUGCAGCAGCGGAAGGCGUUAUUGGACAGCAUCGAGCGGCUCUCAAGAAGGUACUACAACAUUGAUUUAGCCCAUGUCUGCCGACAGGUUCCCCUGAUGCGAAUCCAUACGGUGCAUUCGAAUUUGGCCACAGCGACUCCGGGACAGUUGGUCCAGGAGUUAGUGGAUCUGACGACGGAUUUCGAGGAAGGAGCAGUUGGCGGAAUUCUUGACGAUCGUCCUACGCGCGCGUCGUCCGUGUCGUCCGCAACGACUCACAGGACGCUGCAGCCUUCGCUUAAUCCGUAUACUGGGACCAAACCUAAAGCCUCUCGUGAUCUGCUGGCUGCCCCAGUACCGGCCCCUAGGGGUCAAUCGAGCUAUAACCAAUGGCUGUCCGGAUUUUCCCCAGCGGCAACGAAGCAGUCUGAGUUGGGAAGACCGAUGUCGAAUCCGCAGCGAUGGGAGCAAUCGGCCGCCGCUGGCGUGGACAACUCGACGCUUGCCAUAUCGGAGGAUCCAAGGCGAAAGGCGCCACCCCUCGGUGACUUUGCGCGAACCCUGUUUGGACCGACGUCUGGGAGUGCGCAUCCACUUCCGCCGCAGCAGCAGCCUCAAUCAGGGAACAUGGGCCGUUCAGCAGCUACAUCGUCUCCAACGCCGACAAUUCAAAAUGAACCUGCCGAUGAAAGGGAUAUGAAUGAGUUUAUUCAUGCUUCCGAUGUGCAAAAUUACAUUCGUGCGUGUCUGGAACAUAUGAUGAGGCAGCAAGCCAAUGGCACACCGGUCCCUCCAGAAGCCGUAGAUGAUUUGGCCGAACAAGUGGCCAAGGUUGAUUUGCGUCGAGAUUCGGAGAUGUUACGGAUUUCGCAGGAGCAACCCCCAGCGAGGCGUGUACCCUCACCUCCUUUCCAGUUGUCCGCUCGAGAAACUUCAGGGAAGCCUGAAAUGAGAAGCAUGUCACGUGGAGAAGAAUUAUUUGAACUGCCAGAGGAAAACCAAGUUCAUGCCGAGUCACGGCGCCGUCGAGAGUCUAAUCUCGCCCCAAGACCGUCUUGGGAUGUGCACCAAGGGUUUCCGGAUGUCCAAGCGAUACAAGGUGACAGAUAUCGACGACUACCGCACCAGCAGUGCAACAUAAUUGAAAAAUGGCCGAAAUUCACCGGCGGUACGAAUUCCGUUCCCGUGGUAGAUUUUUUGCGCCAGAUCAACAUUAUGUGCGAGUCCUACCACAUCAGUAAACAAGAUCUACGAAUGCACGCCCAUUUGUUGUUCCGCGAGGGUGCGGCGGUGUGGUAUACCACCUACCAUGACCGAUUCGACAGUUGGGAGACUUUGGAAACAUACCUCCGGUUGCGCUACGACAAUCCUAACCGGGAUCUCAUUACUCGUGACCUGUUGGACAAACGUAAACAACGUCCCAAUGAACCGUUCGGUGAAUAUCUCGAAGAGAUUGAGAGAUUGGCACAACGCCUCACUCGUAAAAUGUCUCAUGCGGAGCUGUACUAUCUGGUCACCAAAAAUAUGAAGAUGAGUUACAAGCGUAGUUUGGUCUUGGCCACCAUUCAGUCGCUUGACCAUCUGUCCCAGCUGUGUUACAAGCUCGAUGCGCUCGACGGCCUCGGAGGUCUACAAAAAGCUUCCGUUUACCAAGUGGACUUGGAAGAAGGAGCUGCAGAGGUUGAGGAUGAGUUGUUGAACGCCGAUGUGUGCGCGGUUCAUGGUCGUUUCAAGAAGCUUGCGGACUCUGCAGGGGAGAACAGGAAGCCGAUGUGCUGGAAUUGUCGCCAGACGGGACACAUGUGGAGGGAGUGCGACCAGAAAAAGGUGUACUUUUGCCACGUGUGUGGACACACGGGUACGACCGCGUUCCAGUGCCCCAAUGGACAUCAACUCCGAACUCGGUCGGAUGAGGAUGAAAAAAACGAGUAAAUGGGAUGGAUCCAGGGAAUCGAUCUACCCCAUCUGAUACUCCGGAGAUUCCCAACCGUCCUUUUUCUGUCUUCAACACUUCGCAUCGAAUUAACACGAUCCCUCACCGUUGCCCACACCUCAAAGUUCGAGUUCUAUCC